ACUCUCAAUAUAUAGAUGGAGUCAGUCAAGAGCUAACACAGAUUUUCGUGCCGAUUGAUGUGGGUACAGGACAGCAGCCACAAUGAGGAUCUCCUGUAUGUUUCUGGCAUCCUCUCUCUCAAUUGCCGUUUUUCUCCUGCUGAUUCCUGGAGAUUUCUGUGUAGAAAUUAUUGGAGGAAAUCAAGUGACUCCUCAUUCAAGACCCUACAUGGUGCUACUUAAAGGAAAAAAAGUCUGUGCUGGGGCUCUGGUUGCAAAAGACUGGGUAUUGACUGCAGCUCACUGUGUCCUGAACAAAAAUUCCCAGGUCAUUCUUGGAGCCCACUCAAUAACCAAGAGGGAGUCAGAAAAACAGAUAAUGUAUAUUAAGAAAGAGUUUCCUUAUCCGUGCUUUGACCCGCACACACAUGAGGGGGAUCUGAAACUUUUACAGCUGAACAAAAAAGCAAAAAUUAAUAAAAAUGUGAGGAUCCUCCCUCUCCCUAAGAAGGGGGAUGAUGUCAAACCCGAAACCACGUGUCAAGUUGCAGGCUGGGGGAGCAUCCGCAAUAACUCCCCUCAGUCUGACACCCUCAGAGAAGUCAAUAUCACCGUCAUAAAUCGAAGAAUCUGCAAUGAUGAAAAGCACUAUAAUUAUAAUCCUGUGAUUGGACUGAAUAUGAUCUGUGCUGGCAGCCUCAAAGGUGGAAAAGACUCGUGCAAUGGAGACUCUGGAAGCCCUUUGAUAUGUGAGGGUAUUUUUAGAGGCAUUACUGCCUUUGGCCUUCCAGGAAAAUGUGGAGACCCUCGAGGACCUGGCGUCUAUACUCUUCUCUCACAGAAGCAUCUCAACUGGACAAUUGCGACUAUGAAGGGGUUUGUUUAGCUAAUUGUACUUCAGUGCAUUUGUUGUCACUUCUUUUUUCAUUGUUUGUUUCGAAGUAGUUAACAUAUAGUGUAGUAUUGGUUUCAGGAGUGGAAUUAUGUGAUUCACCAUUUAUGGGGUGGGCACUUGCUGUGACUUCUUAAUCUUAUCAUAAAUAAAAUCAAUUUGUGGAACUGUA